UUUUUCUAAUUUUUCAAUUGAUUCGCCCUAACCCUCUUCUCUCUGCAAAUCUAUUUGGUUUCGUAAAGGACUCUCUAUAGUCCGUAACUGUUCUUUAAUUCUUUAAUAUCGGGCUGAACAGUGAUGGCUUCAAAGAGAAUUCAGAAAGAAUUGAAGGACUUGCAGAAGGACCCUCCUGUAUCCUGCAGUGCAGGGCCUGUUGGUGAGGACAUGUUCCAUUGGCAAGCUACCAUUAUGGGCCCUUCAGACAGCCCUUUUGCUGGGGGCGUGUUUCUCGUGACUAUUCACUUCCCACCGGAUUAUCCUUUCAAGCCACCGAAGGUCUCUUUUAAGACCAAAGUCUUUCAUCCAAAUAUCAAUAGCAAUGGAAGCAUUUGCCUUGAUAUUCUUAAAGAGCAGUGGAGCCCUGCCCUUACAGUAUCUAAGGUGCUGCUCUCUAUUUGCUCCUUGCUGACUGAUCCAAAUCCUGACGAUCCUCUUGUGCCCGAGAUUGCUCACAUGUACAAGACUGAUAGAGCCAAGUACGAGACUACUGCCAGAUCAUGGACUCAGAAAUAUGCCAUGGGAUGAAUGCUUGGUCUGCUGUUGGAUUAUUAUUGCAUUUAUGCCAUGCCGCUAGUAACAAACAAGGAUUUUCGACGGUUUCAUUUUUUUCUUUUUUUUUUUUUGGGUCUCCUUGAGUUGGGGGGUUUGCAUAUGGUUCUUCAUUGAACUAGAAGUGUUCCUUCUGUGUAAAAGGUUCUCAUUUAUAAGAUUGCAUGUUUGUUCUACCUCCAGAUGCACAAAUAUAGUAUGCCUGUUAGCUGCAAAUAAAUGCAUUGCCGUUUACCAUGUAAUAUAAAGUAUUCAUUUUGGUGGAAAAAAUUUCAAUCUCGGCUUGGUGAAAA